GUGACAAAUUUAAUCAUUUAAACCAAAAAGAGACACUUUAUCAACACCAACAGAAGAAGAAGAGAGCUAAAAUUUGGAUGGAGAAACCAAACAAGUCAAAGAAAAAUAUGAUCUUGAAAUUAUUGCCAAAAGCAGCAGCAGCUGCUGUUAUAUUCCAAAAUCAUCCAUUUAGUCCAGGCAGAGAAAAGAGAUUAUCACAUCUUCAUCAUAAUCACAAAGGAUUUUCUGGUCCUAUUUUAAUUCCAGUAGAAGCUAGAUCAAGAAAGUCAAAUAAUGAAACAACUCAAGAACCAACUUCACCAAAAGUUUCAUGCAUUGGUCAAAUCAAACAAAGGAAGAAGAAAAUGAUUAAAACACCAAAGCCAGUGGAGAAAAAUUCAGUUUCUUCUUUAGCUGAGAGUAAUAAGAAGAAAUCAAGAUCCAAUUUUCGGAAUAUAUUUCAAAGAGGAGGGAGAAAAUCUGAUGCUUGUACUUCAGCUGAUAAUAAUAUUUCUAGUGAUAUUCAAAAUAGAGUACCUUGUAAUUUGAGUCAAAUGAAAAAAUUUGCUAGUGGUCGUGAAAGUAGUUUGUCAAAUUUUGAUUGGAAAAAUGUGCAAAUUACACCAGAAGAUCAUAGGAAAUGUUAUUCAGAUGAUGAUAGAUCAGACUAUUGUGAUGAAGAUGAAGAUGAAGAAGAAGAAGAGGUAAUUAUUCCAUUUUCAGCUCCAAUAUUAGUAGGUAGUAGUAGAGAUAGACCAAAUUUUCCAUUGGAGCCAAAGAAAGAAAUUAAUUUAUGGAAAAGGAGAACCAUGACCAAACCAAAUCCUCUCCAAUUGAUGAAAAAAUAAGGUUACAUACUAUAUACGUUUUGUAUAAUUUUCUUUCUUUAAUUUGUUGUUCUUGAUUCAUUUCAGUUUACUAUUAGUUCACAUAUGUGGUUGUAAUGUAAACUAUGUUGCUCGAAUUUUUUAAAGAUUUCGAUUUUACUAUCUGAUAUAUGAUAUUUUUAAAGAAUUCGAGCAACAAAUUGUAAAUAAAAUCCUACAUUUAAUAUUA